GAGCAAAAAAUUAAGUUAUAAGCAAAAUAAAAUAAAAAAUCAAUCGUUGUUUGAUAGAAUUACUUUUCUACAGUUUUUAUUAUUUAUUAUCAUGAUAAUUUCUAUAUUAUUGUUCAUUUUUUGUAAUGGAUUUGGCUAUAUUACAAGUGGACAAUAUAUUAGUAAAGAUGCUCUAUUAAAAAUUAAGCGAACCCAUAAACCAAAGAACUUAUCAGAAGAUCAAAUAAAGCUAUUAUUAAAUCAUUUAAAUUAUUCAUUAUUCCUACAGGAUUUAAAAAAUAUAUUGAUACCUAGGGUAUCAGGAACAGAAGGAAAUAAAAAAGUUACCAGUUACAUACUUAGGCGUUUAAAGGAUGAUAUUGGAAUGAAAACCGAAAAUUAUACCCACUGUCAAUUAGUGCCCGUUUUACACAAGGAUCGAUAUGUUAUGUUUCAUGGGAGAAAUGACAUUAAAAAUAGUGUAGUGGACAAUACGAAUGGAGAAAGAAUUGGGGCUGAAAUAUGUUUUAAUAAUUUGGCAUCCGAAACCAAUCCAGAUGCAUUGAGAAGCCUCGUCUUGGCUUGCCAUCACGAUUCCAAAUACCGCCUGGAGGAAUACAAAUACAAACAGUAUCAAAAAGCUCAAAAAUUUAGGGCACACGAAUCCGAAUUUGAAAGUGAUAAUUUUGAUUCUGAUCAGAGAUUUACUCAAGAACCUCAAUUUUUGGGCGCGACUGAUUCUGCCAUUCCUUGCGCUAUCAUGAUCAAUUUAGCCCAAGCUUUAAGCAGUCCGAUAAGAUGUAACUCUAAAAAUCGGGAAGAUAAGAUAUCUUUACAAAUGCUGUUUUUUGACGGGGAAGAGGCAUUCGAUAUCUGGUCUCCAGAUGAUUCCCUUUACGGUUCUCGACAUAUGGCCAAUCUGUACCAAAAGCAAUUUAUUCCGCUCGGUGAACGAGAAUCUAAUGGCAAGAUUAAUAUGUUGGAAAGAAUAGGUCUUUUUGUUUUGUUGGAUUUGAUCGGAGAAAAGAGCACGCGAUUCUAUGAUUUCUUUCCUUCCACCAAUAAAAAUUUCCAACACCUCGUGAAUAUAGAAAAUAGAUUACAUAGCUACCAACUGCUAAGUCCAUCGAACACUCUCCCCCUCAGGUAUUUUACUAAUUCCAAUCUAAGAUCUCAUGGGGUAGAAGAUGAUCACAUUCCAUUCCUAGAAAAAGGAGUUAAAAUAUUGCACCUGAUUUCUUAUCCCUUCCCCCAUUCCUGGCAUAAAUUCGAUGACGACGGGACUAAUGCGGAUUUCGACACCAUAUUGGAUAUCACCAAAAUUCUGGCUGUUUUUAUAGCCGAAUAUUUGAACCUUCGCGUCGAUACCUCUACCAUGGCAUGCUAAUACAUUUUUUUUCCUUAUCAUUUUAUAAUUUAUUCUCCCGAACAUUUAAAAAAAAUGAAACUAUGCCUUGUGUAAUCAAAAGUGUCUUUUUAAUCGCAUCCUAUUAUGAAAUUGUAUGUAAUGAACCUACCAUAUGUGAUUUUUUUUCAUCCUUAGUGUUUGCAUAUUACAAUAUAUAAUUUAAACCCGUUUUAACUCCCAUGAUUAUUUUAAAUUUAAUUUAAAAUUCUCAGCCCAGGGAAUGUUAUUUGAACAUCCAUUUUUUUUAUUUUUAAAUUUGCAAAGCCGAAUAUUUGAAUAUUUUUUUUUCCAUUCCUUUCAAUUUUUUAAAAAAAUUAUUUUAUUUAUACCGUUUUAAAUAGAAUAAUACGAUUACAAUUUUUCUUUAUAAUUUGGUCUCGGUGAUAAUUAGAUUAUUUAAAUUAUUAUUAUAUAAAUUUCUUAAUUAAAUUUUUUUUAA